GUUGUCGGAAUAUUACAUUUUUAAUGAUGUUUUUCUGAACCGAAGCAUGUUUACCAAAAUUUCUGUUUUCCAGUUGAAGUAUCUGGUGAGAAGAUGAGUUCUCGGAAGAAGACACCUUUCCAGAAGCAUAGAGAAGAGGAAGAGGCAAAGAAAAAGAGGGCAGAGGAUGAAACAGCUCGUCUGUAUCAGGAGUUUGUGGAAUCAUUCCAAGCGGAUAAUACGCCAGGUUCCAAGGCAUUUGUUAGAGGGGGAACCAUCAAUCCAAAUGAUAAGUUGAAGAUCGAUUCAGAAGGUGGAAAUUCUAAAGAUGAGGGUUCAGGUUUAAAGAAGGGAAGUAGGUAUGUGCCUUCUUUCUUACCACCUCCUAUGGCAACUAAGAGCAGAGAUUACGAGAAGAAGAAGGAGAAUAAGCCAAAGGAAAAAGAGAAGGGAAAGGCUAGGAACAUUGAUAAUUUUAUGGAGGAGCUGAAACAUGAACAAGAAAUGAGGGAAAGGCGCAACCAAGACCGUGAACAGUGGCGUGAUCGGAAUAUUGAAAAUUCUGCUCCAUCUAGUCGGUUUGAUGAACUUCCUGAUGACUUUGAUCCUAGUGGAAGGCCUGGAUCAUUUGAUGAUGGAGACCCACAAACGACGAAUCUCUAUGUAGGAAAUCUAUCACCUCAGGUUGAUGAGAAUUUUCUUUUGCGCACAUUUGGGAGAUUUGGUCCCAUUGCAAGUGUAAAAAUAAUGUGGCCAAGGACAGAAGAAGAAAGAAGGCGACAGAGGAAUUGUGGUUUUGUAGCUUUCAUGAAUAGAGCUGAUGCUCAGGCUGCAAAGGAUGAGAUGGAAGGAGUUAUUGUUUAUGAAUAUGAGUUGAAGAUUGGGUGGGGUAAAUCUGUCUCUCUGCCUUCUCAGGCACUCCCUGCUCCCCCUCCAGGACAUAUGGCUAUCAGGAGUAAGGAGGGUGCAACUGUUAUCUUAUCGGGUCCAUCAGGUCCUCCAGUUACUACUGUUCCAGGCCAGAAUUCUGAGUUGGUUCUCACUCCAAAUGUACCAGAUAUUAUGGUUGUUCCACCUGAGGAUGAUCACCUUCGCCACGUUAUUGAUACAAUGGCUCUGUAUGUUCUUGAUGGAGGUUGUGCUUUUGAACAAGCCAUAAUGGAGCGAGGCCGUGGAAAUCCUCUCUUUGGUUUCUUAUUUGAGCUUGGCUCAAAGGAGCAUACCUACUAUGUUUGGAGGCUUUAUUCUUUUGCUCAGGGAGAUACUCUUCAACGGUGGAGGACAGUCCCUUUCAUUAUGAUUACUGCUAGUGGGAGGUGGAUACCACCCUCGCUACCAACACCGAAAGGAGCUGAUCAUGAAAAAGAAGCUGGGAGCACAUAUGCUGCUGGAAGAAGCAGGCGAGUGGAGGUUGAACGGAGAUUGACCGAUGCUCAGAGGGAUGAAUUUGAGGAUAUGCUCCGUUCAUUGACACUAGAAAGAGGUCAAAUAAAAGAAGCAAUGGGUUUUGCUUUGGACAAUGCUGAUGCUGCUGGAGAGGUUGUUGAAGUUCUGACAGAGUCUUUGACACUUCAGGAAACUCCAAUCCCAACAAAAGUUUCUAGGCUUAUGCUUGUCUCUGAUAUUCUUCAUAAUAGUAGCGCUCCAGUGAAGAAUGCAUCUGCUUAUCGCAGCAAAUUCGAAGCGUCUUUACCAGACAUAAUGGAAAGCUUCAAUGAUCUAUAUCGAAGUAUAACAGGACGUAUUACUGCCGAGGCACUUAAAGAGAGAGUUCUGAAAGUGCUUCAAGUAUGGGCCGAUUGGUUUUUGUUUUCGGAUGCCUAUGUCAAUGGUUUACGAGCUACCUUUCUUCGAACUGGGAACUCUGGUGUGAUACCCUUUCAUUCUUUGUGUGGUGAUGCACCUGAAGUAGAACAAAGGACCAGCUCUGAUGACGCAGGUGACGGCAGCAAAGUUAACCCAGAUGGUGCGUUGGCAAUUGGGAAAGGAGCUGCAAUGAAGGAACUGUUAAGCCUUCCCUUUACUGAGCUAGAAAGACGAUGCAGGCACAAUGGUUUGUCUAUCGUAGGCGGUAGGGAAAUGAUGGUUGCUCGGUUACUUUAUCUGGAAGAGGCUGAAAAGCAGAGAGGUCAUGAACUAGAUGAAGAUUUGAAAUUUGCGAGCCAUUCAAGUUCUGCUAGGUUCCCCAGUAGCCGGAAAGAUAGCAACCUUGAGUUGGAUAGAAUGGUUCCUUCCGGAUGGAAUAGUCAAGUGGAUUGUGACAUACAACUCAAACGACGAGAUUCUGGAUCUUCAACCCCGGCAAAUUCUGCUCCACACCAUAAUUCAAUCGACUUUCACAGUGAGGGCAAAAGUGACACAAUUUUGCCUACAUCUAAAUGGGCCAGGGAGGAUGAUGAAAGUGAUGAUGAACAAAAGAGAAGUUCGAGGGACCUGGGGUUGACAUAUUCUUCUUCUGGAAGUGAGAAUGCUGGUGAUGGGCUUAGCAAGAUCAAGGAUGCAGAGCUUACAACUGACACUAGCAACUCAGCAUACCCGGAAAGUGGAAUGAACGAAGAGUUGAGACAAAAGCUGAGGCGUCUUGAGGUUGCAUUGAUUGAAUAUCGUGAAUCUCUUGAAGAACGAGGAAUAAAAGGUCCGGAUGAAAUUGAGAGGAAAGUUGAAAUCCAUCGGCAACACCUACAAUCUGAAUAUGGUUUAUUGAAGUUCAGCGAAGAUGCUUCAAAAAAAGGUAGGUCAUCUUUGGAGAGGAGGGAGAAAAGAGAUGAUUCUCGUGAAGCUUCUAGGAAGCGUCAGCGCAGCCGGAGCAGAAGUGGAAGCCCUCAGUGGAAAUCUUCCAGCAGAGACCGGGAUAGUGAUAGGGAAAAGCAUCGUGAGAGGGAAAGUAAGAGUGGAAGCAGGGAGAGGGAUGAUCAUGAUAGAGACAGAUCUAGGGAGAGAAGACGGGCCAGAUGAAUACGUAUGCGCUGUGCAAAACUACCUUAUAUCCAGAGUAUUUGCACUGCCAUUUCCUGGCAGAGAUGCAUUUGAGCAUUUUAUCUUUUCUGGGUGGCAAGUGCUGCACGAUGACCCUCUGUUAGUAUGCUGCACGGUGUGCCACAGAAAGAAAAAGAUGUUUCCCUGUGCAGCUCCGUGGUCUAGCAAAUUGUACAAUUGCAAAGAAUCUCAUGAAUGGCUGUGACUGCAUCUUACUGUAUGAUAUAAAUUUUAGCUGCAUUUGCUAAUGUGUUUACUGGAAGCUGUACUUAAGUAGUUAGUGGCUCCUAGUUUUCAUGUAACCUCUUUACUUUUAUGUGUUGUCUGAGAUAGUAUUGUUAGUUGCUAAUGAGGUAGAACGUUGAUCUUCUCAAAUUGUAUUUGAAAUAUUUGUUUCUACUUUUA